CAUUAUAAACUGCCACAAAUAUGUAAAUAAUAUGAAAGUGGGGUCCUGCCAUCUUUCCGCAUCUAAGUAUAUAAGUAGACCACUGCAUCUGAAAUAUUGUCAAAAUACAUCGUCCAUUCAAAAGACCAACAUGAAGAAAGUUGUAGCUGUUCUUGUCGCUUUGGUGGCUGUAGCUGCGGCCGCCCCACAAAGGAGCCCCGAAGCUGACGCGCAAGUACUCAGAUUCGACCUGGAUAAUAUUGGUGUUGAUGGUUACAGCUACGCUUACGAAACAAGUAACAGAAUCCAAGCGCAAGAACAAGGACAAUUGAUCAAUGCUGGAACUGAUAACGAAGCUAUCGCCGUACGUGGAUCCUACCAAUACGUAGGCCCUGAUGGACAAACCUAUCAAGUUACCUACAUUGCUGACGAAAACGGCUUCCAACCACAAGGUGCCCAUUUGCCCCACUAAAUUAGGUUUAUUUAUGUUAUUUAUGUUGAAAUAAAAAAGUAUUUUAUAAA